UGAUCAUUGAAAUUUAUUAUAAUAAUAAUUUCGAAACAUAAAUAGCAAAACAUGUAUUAUUCAAUGUUGAUUGUGUUAUCUUUAAUAUCUUAUGUAGCAUUUACCACAGGUUUGAAAGAACUUACAUAUACAAAAGAUCAAUGCCUAGACUGUUGUAAUGGUCUUGAUCGAAAGUCGCAGCUGGCGUGUCAACUUUCGUGUAUAAAAAAGUUUGCCAUUCCUAACUUUUAUAAAAUAAAAGGAUCAUGCGUAUCAGCUUGUAAGGUCGCUAAUUACUUUAAUUCCAAAGGCAAAUGCAGAAUUGGCUGCAAAGAUAUUAUAGAAGAAUGUAGAGAAGAGUGUUUUCAAGAAUGUGAAAAGAUGUUUACAAUCAAAACGACUAAGGUCGUCAUGGAUGAAGCAACAGAGAUAGAUUUGACGUUAAGGCUUGGAAGAGGCUAAAAGUUCAUUGUCAUAAAUGGAGAGGAUAUGUCAUUAAAUAUAUUAUAUAAUAUGU